CUUGGCUAUGAAAGCCCAUUUUAAUGCAGGUUUCGCAGACAUGCGUAUUACCAAACCGCUACGAGACCGAUUCUGGACCUUGUCCACUUUUAUUUUCAUUCUCAUAACCGAAGAGUAGCAUGGCGCAGUGCACAGUCUGCCACGACGCGGCGUCUAAGUACAAGUGCCCAAAGUGCUUGGCCGGGUACUGUUCAGUCAAAUGCUUCAAGAUCCACAAGAGCGAGCCAUGCGCAGUACCCGCACCCGAGCCGCCCAAGCCGACGCCCAAGCCGCAGGUAUCCGCCAACAUCCCCGAGAUAGACAACGAGGAAGAGGAGGAAAAGCACCGGCUCAAGCUAGCCGACCUGCAGAAGCUCUCGUCCUCGAUCCACCUCAAAGAGCAGCUGCAGAACCCGAAUCUGCGGACGCUAAUCGCAGCAGCGCUCUCCGACCCCGACCCGGUGGCAGCGAUCCGCAGUCUCCGGCAGCAGCAGCCCGAAUUCGAGGCUCUGGCGCAAGAGCUGAUCAGCACAACACAGUAGGGAAAAUUUUAUUUU